AUGAUAGGAUGGUCAGUUGAGUUGUCCGAGUUUGGACUUCAAUAUGAGCCCAGAGGUUCGGUGAAAGUCCAGCAUUUAGCUGAAUUCGCGAUUGAAUUACCUUACCCGAUGCCCAAACAGGUUUGGAAAUUGUAUGUGGAUGGGUCUGCGGGUAAAGCUGGUGGAGGAGCAGGAAUAGUUUUAGAAGGAUCGAACGGUGUUAUAGUUGAACAGUUUGUUGUCUUCAAAUUCAAAGUCAGCAAUAAUCAAGCUGAAUAUGAAGCAUUGAUUGUUGGGAUGGAGCUCGCUUGGGAUAUCGAAGUAGAUAUUUUAGAAUGUCGCACGGAUUCUCAGAUAGUUGAAGGGCAUAUGAACGGUAGCUAUCAGAACACGCGAGCCGAUCGCUUAUCCAAGUUGGCCGAUGGGAAGGAGAAAGGGGUCCUUAACUCAGUCAUUCGGCAAGUAUUAUCUGAGCCAAGUAUAGAAUGUCACACUAUCUCUACUCCGUGUAAUCCUAAUGAUCAGAAUUGCUGGAAAGAGGAGAUCAUUCGGUUAAUACGAAAACAGGAAGCAGGACACAAUCUACAGGCUGAAGAAACGAAGAAAAUAUCCAGAUAUUGCCUGAUCGGGGAUGAUCUAUAUCGCAGAGGAUAUGUUACGCCUAUUAUGAAGUGUCUAUCCACAGAGGAAGCCACGUAUGUUUUACAGGAAUUACACCAUGGCAUAUGUGGUAGGCACACCGGGGGUCGGGCAUUAAAGGCUCGGGUUCUGAGAGCAGGUUUCUUUUGGCCUACAUUGGAACAAGACUACAUAUCUUUUUCACAGAAAUGUGUGUCGUGCCAAAAGCACGGUAAUGUUUUUCAUGCUCCGGCAUCAGAGUUACACAACAUAUUUGCCCCUUGGCCGUUUGCUCAAUGGGGCAUGGACAUAGUCGGUCCAUUUCCGACGAACGGGCAAGCUGAAGCGGCUAACAAAAUUAUCGUUAAUGAACUCAAGAAACGCCUAGGUGAAGCUUUAGGGGGAUGGGUCGAUGAAAUCGACCAGGUCUUAUGGGGAUACCGCUGCUCCCCGCACGGUUCAACUGGUGAAUCACCUUUCAAUUUAACCUGUGGGACAUAUGCUAUGCUACCUGUAGAAGUUGGUGAACCAACCAUGCGACGAAAGCUCUCAGAUAUGAUGAUCAAUGACGAACAACUUCGAAGUAAUUUGGAUGUAAUAGAUGAACGGCGACAUAUAGCGGCUAUAAAAAAUGAAGCAUACAAGAGAUUGGUACCCCGAAGAUACAAUACUAAGGUGAUAUCUAUCGGGUGA